AAACAGUGGCUGAGACAAUCGGAAAUAAAAUCAGCAUAUGCAAGAUGUCCAUUCAGAGCUGAUAAAGAAUUAGUUAUGUAAUUGAUAAUAUCCUUCAUGACCACAAAAAAGUAUGGAAGAACUACUCGAGCAUAGGCCAUGGAGGACCUAUCUCAUAUUCAUCGCUUUGAAUAUUUUAAAUGCUCAAAUCACUCACAGCGCAAAAGGAACUGUACAAGAGGUUCACAUUGAUUCCAAAUUUGAAUGCAAAGCAUCGCAUCGAUUGAAUUUGAAAGCUUCAAGUGAGAUCCAGUGCGUCCAAAGAUGCGCAAAAAAUGAAAAAUGCGAGCUAUUGAAUUACAAUUAUCAAUGGAAGGAAAAAGGAAUUGAAGAAAAUUGCGAGAUUUACAUGCUUUCAAGGUAUGACAGUUCUUGCAAAACAGCACCGAAUGCAACGGGAUGGAAAGCUGCUAUCUAUAACGAUACAGAAAAAUGUCGAUAUCUGAAGUUCAACUUCUGCUUUCCCUGCAACUGUGCUACAAAUAAUUGUGUGAAAGAAGAAACAUUAUCUUGCAAAUGUGUUGCAGAUACUCCGUCUUUGCCUACGUUUUUCGUUUCCUUUGAAAGCACACUGUCUGAUCAAACAGUAGCAUACGACAGGGGUGCAGAUAAGCUAGGGAAUUCGAUUAUCACGCUAAAAAGAGAUGCCAUGGUAGGGCCAUCAGAAGGAAGGAUUGGCAAUGUUCUUCGUCUGGUUGGCAUCGACCCUGCAGCUGUUGUUGGAAGUUUCGAAUCACAUCCUCUUAACAACCCUAACACUGGUUCAAGUACUUUUUCGUUUUGGAUCAAACUUAUAUCUGCCACGGUGGCUACUCAGACUGUUUUUGGUUCUGGCAAGUCGGGCAGUAAUACUGGAUUUCUUAUGAAGCUAAAAAACUACGGGAAAACUAUCUACGCUGAAGGCAUAACUGGUAAUCGAUACAGAACUCUGUCAUAUAACAUAGGAAAUGCUUUGGAGAAGUGGACACAUGUUGCAAUGGUAGAACAUGGAGAUAGUGAUGCUCAACUGAGGCUGUACGUGAAUGGAAUCCAGGUGGCCAUAUCUGGAGCACUAACAAGUGAAAGUGUCUCAACGACAUUAUACUCAAAAUUGGCGCUUGGAGUGGACGAAGAGCUUUUUACUUUGAAUGGCAAACACUACGGUUUGCACAUCGACGACGUUGCUUAUUGGUCAAUUGUUCUGUCAGAUGCAGAAAUCAAGAACGUUAUGAAACGAGAUUUUGCGAGCUGUUUGACGUAGCAGUCAUCAACAUCUGGACUAAAAAAGCCAUCAAUUUUAAGGGAAGAUUAUCACAGCUUUGGUAACAUUGUCUAUAUGAAAAAAUAUUUAUAGAUUAAAGAAUAAAAAUUUCAGCUUGCCCCCUUAGCUAAGCAUGACCCAAAAACCGUGGUUAUUGUACAUACUUAAAGUUUUCACUAUUUUCUGUAAAUAGAGUUGAUGUGUCAGAUCUGAAAUAUAAAUUAUUACCAGAAUCUAUUAAACCAUUAGAAGAUGUGAAAAGAAGCAUUUUAGGACAAAAAUUAUCAACGGGUUGCGAACAGAUCAUCGAUAUAGUAAUCGAUAUAUUGGUACAGGGCUACUUAAUUCAUUGCAUUCUCAGAGUGAAAACUCAGAGCUUUAAUAUCUUUAAUGUACGUAAUAGAAACUAUAAUUAGUAAACAAGCUACUGCAACAGCACUAGUUCAUACAAUAUAACUAGUUCAUGCAAAUUGUGAAAAUACUUCUUUGAUGUAGUAUUGAUUUGAGUCUCUAUAACAGCAAUAUCCUAUUAAUUCUUAUGAUAUUGUGACUAGCAAUGGUAGCUUAUUAGAAACGCUAUUAAUAAGUAAAAAGUCUGGUUUAACCCUUUACAAAUUUGCUUUGUUAAUACACUGCUGUUUUCUUUUUCUGUUCUUCUUUAUGUACAAAUUUUGUCUCUUUAAAAAAUUUAUCAUGCAUUUAUCGGGCAUAUCUAUGGUAUUUGAGAGACUACGUAGACAUGAUUCACUGGUCGCAAUGAUAAA